AAAAGUAACGAGAUACCAGAUAGAUAACCGAGUAGUGUUCCAAAGCGCUCUCAGACACAUUCACUCACUGACACGCACAGUUAUCCGAGAGUUGACGACAGUGGUAUACACCCAAUCAUUGCCUUCGUUUUUCUUGAGUGAGAAUCACCAUGGUCUUCUUUGUUCUGUUGGGACUUGCGUCCACCUUCGUGGUUGGAGCCUUGAGCCAAGGCUGUCCGGAAAAUUACGGAGUUCAAACCUAUCCUCAUGAGGAAUACUGUGAUAAAUUCUACCUGUGCGUCAAUGGCACCUUCACUGAAGAGACCUGCGAGAAUGGCCUCGUGUUCGAUGGUCAUGGUCAUGUUCACAAUCAUUGCAACUACAACUGGCAAGUAGAUUGCGGCAAGAGGAUCUACGACGACACGCCCAUUUCAUCGCCUGGAUGUCUCUACCAAUACGGCAUUUACCCCGUGGGCGAGGGAUGCCAAAAGACCUUUUUCAAGUGUGCCGCGGGUGUGGCUUAUGAAACCCCUUGCCAAAGAGGCACCGUGUACAACAACGAAUAUCACAGCUGUGGAUAUCCCGAUGAGACCCCCGGAUGUGAGGAUUUGAGCGAAUCUGUCAUUGGCUUCAAGUGCCCUGAUGCCCAUGAGCUUCCCCCAAAUGCUGUGGCCCGACGAUUCUUGCCUUAUCCCCGAUUCCCAUUGCCUGAUGAUAAGAGUGCCUACAUCGUGUGCGUUUACAACAAGCCCAGGAUCCAGAACUGUGGUUACGACAGCUACUUUGAUGAGCAAACCUUGAGUUGUGUGUAUGCUGAUCAUCAAGUGGGAGGUGGUAUUGGUCAAUUCUAAGCCAAUUAUUACCCCUUUUAUCCCGACCAAAAUGCCCCCUGGGAAACAACCUCGAAUCCUGGAGGGGAGAUUGCCAUAGUUGGAAACCCACGGAAACCCACGACUCGUUUCAAUAUUUAUUGCUAUUGCUAUUUAUGACAUUAUUUAUGUAUCCUUGGGAAGUCAUAAAAAACCAUGCCAUGGUGAAAUUU